AUUAUUAUUUGACCAUGCUAGUCAUUUAUGAACAUUUGAACAUCUUGGCCAUGCUCUGGUAUAAUCUCCACCCGGCACAGCCAGAAGAGGACUGGCCAUCCCUAAUAGCCUGGUUCCUCUCUAGGUUUCUUCCUAGGUUUUGGCCUUUGUAGGGAGUUUUUCCUAGCCACCGUGCUUCUACACCUGUACUGCUUGCUGUUUGGGGUUUUAGGCUGGGCUUCUGUACAGCACUUUGAGAUAUCAGCUGAUGUACGAAGGGCUAUAUAAAUACAUUUGAUUUGGCCGGCCGGGAUGUCCUUGUCCCAUCUCUCUCUAGUGACUCCAUGCGACAGGCCCGGCACGCUGACUUCGGUCGCCAACUGUACGGUGUUUCCACACAGUAAUGUAUUUAUUUCAAUGGACUGAUUUCCUCAUAUGAACUGUAACUCAGUCAAAUCUGUGAAAUUGCUGCAUGUUGGGUUUAUAUUUUUGUUCAGUAUAUGGACAUUGGACAUUACAUGUCCUGCUUCAAAGUGCAGGACAGAAAUAGGCUCUCAGGCUAGAUUAAUUUGUUCAUACCUACCUCGUACCCCUGCACAUUGGCUCUGUACCGGUACUCCUCGUAUGUAGUCUGGCUAUUGUUAUUAUUUUUAUUUUUUACUCAUUGUAGGGAAAGUGCUCUUGAGUAAGCAUUUUACGGUAAAGUCUACAGCUGUUGUUUUCAGUGCAUGUGACAUAAAAUCGGAUUUGAUCCUGACCUGAACCAAAGUCACAACGGAUCUAAUUUGAUAGACCUAAGCCUGUGUGUUUGUGGGUUUUAAGUUUUUCCUUAUUGUAGGCUGCCACCUUUAGUGGUCUUUUACUCUUGAAAUAUUUUAUUGUUUUUUAAGCACUACCUCACUGCUUUAGCGCAUGGCCAGAGUCACGUGUUCUCAUGGGAAUUAUUUAAGAGAUCCGUUGCUUAAGAGCGUGUGAACGAGGCUAAAUGGGCAUAAAACACUAGCUGGUCAAUGUGAAAGGUUAUCUUUAAAAUACAACAAUAGGCAAUUUAAUACUGUUAAUGGUUUGCCAAAUGGGGGAACUUGGUGAGAUAACGUUCAGAGAAUCCAUUUAGGCAGUUUGGUAAAAAUAUUACUUUUCUAAAUAUGUUUCCCAAUGAUUAAUGUAGAGCAAUGUGUGAAAAUCGCAGCAAAAUGUUUAAAUGCCCGUUUCUCCUAAAUGGCAUUAUACUUGUAUCAAUUUUAAAAGCAGCAUUACCUUCCCAUGUUUCUCCAAUUACAAGGUAUGAUAAACCAUUUAGAAGUACUUUUAUCCAUAAAAUAAAUAAAUAAAAAUCAAAUUUUGGGACAUAAACCCGAAAAAAGAUGGUGGGUCACAUGUAAGACAGGUAAAUUACCAAUCAAGGCGCUAAAAUAGAGAACUUGCUUUAACAGAUUGAAUAAGCAAACGACCGUGGGAUUGACAAUUGCACUGGUUUAACGCCAGCGAAAAAUAGAACCCAGUGGGUAAAAGCAGGUGAGCUGGUUCUACUCUUUUUGGCAAUAUUCUGGUGUUUUUGUGGUAAACUUAGAGGGUCAAGCGUAACACGCCAACCCUGUUACCUAUACAUAGAUAGACAGGCUAGAAAUGCUUUUUGUGAUGCAUUUGAAUUUAUGGUUUAUUUUAAGAUUAAAUCACUACUUUAUUUGGCACUUAAUAAGUGACUGUUGUGGGGGUUGGAGAGCAAAAUCACCGACAUGAGUCAUCUUUUAAUAUGUUCUAUGUCAAACCGUUCGGACAUUAGACAGUUUCGUGGGAGGACACCUUUUCUGGAUGUAUCAUGUUCUGACAAUCACCACUUUAGCUCCGCCACCAUUGCGUUGAAUUUAGACUCCGCCAAUGCAAGAAAACAUAUACCUUUAGCUUUAAAUGGGGAAUUUUAAUUAUGUUCAUUUGAUUUCCGUAGGGCCGCGAAAAUUGACUCGAGGGUUAAGGGGGCUGAUUUGAAUUUCCUGAUUUGGCCUAGCUUUUAGUCUUGAUCAUUAAACCUCUAGUGACUCCCCAUCCUGUAUGAGGGAGCGUAAUCAUCGACUGACACUAAUUAGCAUAACGCAACGGACAUAAAUAUUCCUAGAAAAUAUUCCUAUUCAUGAAAAUCACAAGUAAAAUAUAUUGAGACACAGCUUAGCCUUUUGUUAAUCACCCUGUCAUCUCAGAUGUUCAAAAUAUGCUUUACAGCCCAAGCUAGACAAGCAUUUGUGUAAGUUUAUCGAUAGCCUAGCAUAGCAUUUUGUCCAGCUAGCAGCAGGUAACUUGGUCACGGAAAUCAGAAAAGCAAUCAAAUUCAAUCGUUUACCUUUGAUGAGCUCUCGUGUUUUCACUCACGAGACUCCCAGUUAGACAGCCAAUGUUCCUUUUUUCCAAAAAUAUUAUUUUUGUAGGCGAAAUAGCUCCGUUUGUUCUUCACGUUUGGCUGAGAAAUUGCCCGGAAAUUGCAGUCACGAAAAGGCCGAAAAAUAUUACAAAUGAGCUCCAUAAUAUCGACAGAAACAUGGCAACGUUGUUUAUAAUCAUUCCUCAAGGUGUUUUUCAAAUAUCUAUUCGAUAAUAUAUCAACAGGGACUGGUGGCUUCUUAUUAGGAUAGAGAGAAACAAUGUCCGCAUUUGUCCUUUACGCACCAAACACUCUGAGAGCUUCAGCUGACCACUGACUCAAUGUUGACGUUCUGCUCAAUAGGGACACAUAGGAACGCAGAGCCUUCUAAAUAAGAGUCCCUUCCUGUUUGGAGCUUUCGCCUGCAACAUCAGUUCUGUUAUACUCACAGACAAUAUUUUUACAGUUUUGGAGUGUUUUCUAUCCUAAGCUGUCAAUUAAAUGCAUAUUCUAGCAUCUUGUCCUGACAAAAUAUCCCGUUUACUACGGGAACAUUAUUUUUCCAAAAAUGAAAAUACUGCCCCCUAGUUACAAAAGGUUAAGAAAUUAAGCGGCCAUUACAUUUACAUUUACAUUUAAGUAAUUUAGCAGACGCUCUUAUCCAGAGCGACUUACAAAUUGGUGCAUUCACCUUAUGACAUCCAUGACUGAAACUAGACAAGAGUUGUCUUGGAGGUGGUUUGUACGUGGCAAACGUUUGUACAUUCACUCUGCCAAAACCAUACACCGUUACAGCCACUCACCCAUCUACUGAGAAACAGUCUAACCAGGUCUCGAAGUUGCCAAGGCCAACUUCUUUCUACAAUUCGCUUCUGCCGGCUAGUGUGCGAACAGGGCAAAGUUGGUUUGACAUUGGAUAGCUUAUCUCUGGGGCUAGUUACGGGAUCGUCAAUAAAUUACGCAAUGUAAAUGUGACUAUUUUUUGGUUGUCUCAUUAAAUGCUUUCAAUAUUUAUAUGAAUUUCUACAAUUUGUAGUUUGUAAGGAGUUAAGUCAAUUUGAAAUAUGGAGCUAUUGACAUUUAAAAGAUAUUGUAUUAAGUAUAUUGUGUAAUUUACUGAUGGCCCCCUAACCAGCCCUGUAGAGAUAUCGAAUGUCAAGCCAAAUUGACCAUUACUUGAGCGCUGUGGGCAUGUGGGCAGGGUUGAGAUAAACCCAAACUGUUAAAGGUACCCUAAAUUCCAUGACGUAUAUAUUUUUUCUUAUCUCACAAAUCUUAAUUUUGGACGAGACUUUAUGACCCAAAUGAUCCUAUUUACACUUUGUAGUAAAUUUGAACACUAUAAUAAAUGUUUCUGACUCAUGUCACAGGCCGGUUUCAAAACGAGAAGUUGUUUUUUAGGGGCAGUCGCUCUUUAACCUCAUGAGAUGGGAAAACAUGUUUUUUUUAUGAAGCUGAACAAGUGCUCUUUAUGACAAAUGUUGAGAUUAAAAUGAUGUGAAAUCAAGUUAUAUAUCCAGUACAAGUCAAAAGUUUGGACAAAAUCUCAUUCAAGGUUUUUAAAAAUGUUUUUAUACAAUGUUCUACAUUGUAUAAUCGUGAAGACAUCAAAACUAUGAAAUAACACAUAUGGAAUCAUGUAGUAACCAAAAUAGUGUUACAACAAAUCAAAAUAUUUUAUAUUUCAGAUUCUUCAAAGUAGCCACCUUUUACCUUGAUGACAGCUUUGCACACACUUGGUAUUCUUUCAACCAGCUUCAUGAGGUAGUCAACUGGAAUGCAUUUCAAUUAACAGGUGUGCCUUGUUAAGUUCAUUUCUGGAAUUUCUUUCCUUCUUAAUGCGUUUUAGCCAAUCAGUUGUGUUGUGACAAGGUAUGGGUUGGGGGUAUACAGAAGAUAGCCCUAUUUGGUAAAAGUCCAUAUUAUGGAAAGAACAGCUCAAAUAAGCAAAGGGAAAUGACAGUCCAUUAUUUUAAGACAUGAAGGUCAGUCAAUCCGCACAAUUUCAAGAACUUUGAAAGUUUCUUCAAGUGCAGUCGGAAAAACCAUAAAGCGCUAUGAUGAAACUGGCUCUCAUGAGGACCGCCACAGGAAAGGAAGCCCCAGAUUUACCUCUCCUGCACAGGAUAAGUUCAUUAUAGUUACCAGUCUCAGAAAUUGCAGCCCAAAUAAAUUCAGACAUCUCAGCAUCAACUGUUCAAGAGGAGACUGUGGGAAUCAAGCCUUCAUGGUAAAAUUGCUACAAAGAAACCAUUACUAAGGGACACCAAUAAGAAGACUUGCUUGGGUCAAGAAACACAAGCAAUGGACAUUAGACUGGUGGAAAUCUGUCCUUUGGUCUGAUAAGUCAACAUUUUAGAUUUUUAGUUCCAACCUCUGUGUCUUUGUGAGAUGCAGAGUAGGUGAACGGAUGAUCUCUGCAUGUGUGGUCCCCACUGUGAAGCAUGGAGGAGGAGGUGUGGGGGUGCUUUGCUGGUGACACUGUCAGGGAUUUAUUUAGAAUUCAAGGCAUGCUUAACCAGCAUGGCUCCCACAUCAUUCUGCAGCGCUACGCCAUCCCAUCUGGUUUGAUCUUAGUUCCACUAUCAUUUGUUUUUCAACAGGAAAAUGACCCAACACACAUCCAGGCUGUGUAAGGGCUAUUUGACCAAGAAGAAGAGUGACCGAGUGCUGCAUCAGAGGACCUGGCCUGUACAAUCACCCGACCUCAACCCAAUUGAGGUGGUUUGGGAUGAGUUGGACUGCAGGGUGAUGUAAAAGCAGCCAAGUUCUCAGCGUAUGUGGGAACUCCUUCAAGACUGUUGGAAAAGCAUUCCAGGUGAAGCUGGUUGAGAGAAUGCCAAGAGAGUGAAAAGCUGUCAUCAAGACAAAUGGUGGCUACUUUGAAGAAUCUAAAAUAUUUUGAUUUGUUUAACACUUUUUUUGUAGUUACUACAUGACUCCUUGUGUUCAUUAUUCUACAAUGUAGAAAAUAGUAAAAAUAAAGAAAAACCCUUGAAUGAGUAGGUUUGUCCAAACAUUUUACUGGUACUGUAUAUAUAUAUUUUUUUACCAAGUAGCACUUCUGAAAAGGCACCGAAUUGGUGGAACGACCUCUCUCUUUUGUACUCUCCCUCCCAUGUCUUGCCUCUUAUCUCUCUUACACACUUGCUCCUCAUCCCUUCUGAAAAGGUGCCUGUGUAGCUUGGCGUUGUUAUAUGACAGGGCAGUAUAAACAGAUAGGUAUCGUACGUCAUGUCUGUAAUCUGUCUCUGAUUGUGUAAGGACAUCAAAGGUCCAUUUCUCUGAAUCCCUGACAUGUUGACGUGUCCGUAUCCAGGCUACCAUCACCGUAGCAAUAGAAGUUGAAGGGAAAAAAAGGUGAGGGUGCAGCCUCCUCUGACAUCACUCGAUGACAUCACACAAGAUAUGUUGGUCCUAUUCUGGUUACUCAAAGUUCAGGAAAAACGAGUUGGUAGACAUUCUCUGUGUUUUGUUCCCUCCCCUUCUCGCUCUCUCUUUUUCUCUCACUGUCAUAGCCUCUUCUCACUGCCAGUCAUUGUUUUUGUCCCAGUGAGAUUGUGAGCUCCUCUCUUCAAUUCUUUCUCCCGAACUCUCCUGUUGUCGGUUUGGUGUUUGGUGGUUGUGACCCCUCUAUUAUGCCAUGGGAGACCCUGUGCCUUUCUCCAUCCUGAACGAGAGACUGAGACCACAGUUUACUGCCAUGGAACAACUCUGCUACUCCCUGCACACCCUGGAAGAUGGACACCAGCUGCCUGGCAUUGUCAGUGGCAGUUCAACCACACGGUCUACAAUACUGAGAGAUGAAAUACAAAAACAGGAUGAUUCAAGCUCGACCACGACCGAACCAGAGGAUGACCCAGAGAAGGAGGAUGUGGUCACAGAAAGGUUGACUUCGCUGACCGAAGAGGGGGACAACUGUCAUGAUCUGUUGACCAUGACCAGUACCUGCUUGAUGCAAUCUUUGACCGCAGAAGAUGCUGGUCCUGAUGGUUCUGGUGAGCUGACCGUGGUCAAGGAGAGUUUGGCCAUAGAGAAUGGCGAUCCAGGUGUUUUGACCAUGGUCAGUGAGGGAGAUGGUUCUGAUGAGGUCAGUGAGGAUAAGAGCCCUUUCAGACGGAGCUACGUAGACCGAAUCUUACCGGACCUCAUCAGGAGUGGACAACAGCUCAGCAGACGCAGAACAUUAGGACCAGUGUCCGACACGUUGAAGGAAGUGCGUCGGGAGGUGGCGCUGUCAGUGAGACGCAGUCUGAGGCUGAAGGCUCAGGUGGACAAACUACAGGAGAACAGAGACGAACCGGGAUGGAUCCAACACAGGGAGAAGGUUACAGAGGAGGUUCAGUCCGUUCUGAGGUUGUUGCUUCCUCUGACAGAAGCAGAGUCCAGCACAGUAGAACCAUCUGUUCAGGAGAACAGUCUGGAUACAGCGCUGGUCCUGCUGCAGAACGUCGCACGCAAACUAGCUCUCAGCCACACAGCACAGGAUUCCCAGUUCUGGGUUAAAAAAGGGAAUGGUAUGGAUGACAGUGCUGUUCUACAACAGGCACUACGGGACAGAGACGAUGCCAUGGACAAGAAGAAGGCCAUGGAGGCGGAGCUUCUCCGCAGUAAGACAGAGAUGAUGUUACUGAACAACCAGCUGUUGGAGGCUGUGCAGAAACGACUGGAGCUCUCACUGGAACUAGAGGCCUGGAAGGAUGACAUCCAGAGGAUCCUGCAGCAGCAGCUCCAGAGCCAGCAGGAAGCAGAACAAGCCCAGAGGAAACCCUCCCGUCUGGGGCUGCUGAGGAGAACUAAAGAACCCCCACACCAGAGGCCAGCCUCCACCCCUGCCCCCUCUCCGGCCCUACAACGCACCCCUGUUACCUGGAGGGACAGGCUGAAGAGGGGGAAGACAGGUCGUCAUGGUGACCAGGAUGCAGCGCAGGCGUCACCGGUGUCGCGGUCGUCGAGUAGCAGCAGCAGACUGGAGGGGUUUCAUACCAUAGACUUAUAAUACAACAUGAGAGGGACAAAUCAUUGCUACUUUAUACAUUUUUCAAACUGUUGAUUCCUACUGGGAGAGACACAUGGAUUACACACAUUCACAAUGAGAAUAAUUCUCUACUUGAGUUAAACAUUCAUAGUACAUUUGGGUUGUAGAGUCUCUGCAACUGUAAUCAUUAAUUUAACUAUAAUGAGUGUCUUUGAUUAAAGUCAUUGAAACGUC